AUCUUCAGUUCCUUAACAGAAUCCAGUUUUGUUUCCAAUCUGACGGAGCUGAUCAAAGUGAAGGCUGAUGAAGAAGAUGACGAUGAAGAUAAAGAGCUGGAUUUACUGAAGGUCUCACCGGCCUUUGUGUGGGCAGUGCGGGAUUUCACCCUGGAACUGAAGAUCGAUGGCCAGAGUGUCACAGCUGAUGACUAUUUAAACCACGGCCUACAACUCAAGAAAGGAGUUGCAAAGAAAGUGAUGGAGUACAACCAGCCCCGGGAGUGUAUCAGGAACUACUUCAAGUCCCGCAAAUGUUUUGUUUUUGUUCAGCCGACUGCUAGCACCAAUCUAAACCAGGUGGAGACACUCCCGGAAAGUCAGCUGGACCCAAAGUUCCUUGCGGUUUGCCAUGAGUUCUGUCAGUACAUCUACCGUGAAUCUCAGCCGAAAACAAUCAGAGGUGGCCAUAACAUCAAUGGUCGAAUGUUGGCCAGCUUAGCGAAAGCCUACGUGGGAACUAUUGCCAGUGGGAAGGUACCUUGCAUUGAGCAUGCUGUAACCAGUCUGGCUAAGAUUGAAAACACAGCUGCCCUCCAGAAUGGCCUUGCUCACUACCAGCAGCAGGUGGAUCUGAUGGUGAAGAUGCCAACAGAAAAUGAGGUGUUGGCGGGUAUACACUCACGGUGUCGGCAGGAGGCCAUCCAACUGUUCUUGAAGAACUCCUUCAAUGACCAAGAUCAGGAAUAUUACAAGCAGCUGCUGGCUAAUGUGGAGCAGCAUUAUUUUGAGGUUUGUGACAAGAAUGAAGCUGUUUCCAGGGAGAUGUGCACAAACCUGCUGAAGAGCCUGUCCUCUGAGAUCGAACAGAAAAUACGAGAGGGAGUUUAUGCUCGUCCUGGAGGGUAUCAACAAUAUCAAGAAGAUUGUGAGAAGUUAAUUCAGAAAUUCCACACCACUCCUGGAAAGGGGAAUAAGGCUGAAGAUGCCUUGAGCUUAUUCAUGAAAAGCAAAACUUCAGAAGCUGAUUCUGUGCUACAGGCCGACAAGAUUCUCACAGACCAGGCGAGAGAGUUGGCAGCUGAGCGGCAGAGAGCAGCUGCAGUGGAACAAGAGGCUAAGGCUCAUGAAGAAACAGCUAAGACCCUCGAGAAAAUCAGGAAUGAUGAGAAGAUGUUUUAUGAAGAAAGUACCAAACACCUGAAGCUGAAGAUGGAGGAAGAGAAACAGAACUUGCAGACAGAGCAGCAGGUAGCACUGGAAAGCAAACUGAAAGAGCAGAAGGAAUUAAUGGACAAACAGUUUGAAGCAAAAGCUGAGAUGUUAGAGGGGCAGAUUGAGACCCUGAAAAAGCAACAAGAAUCUGCUCAAUCCUACGUUAAUUGGGAAAACAUUGCUUCAGUAGCUAAAAGCAUAUUAGAAACUGCACUUAAUGCUUAUGUAUCACAUAAAACCAUGAAGUUGUUGUCCAAGAAAUAAUCCUCCAAUACAUUACCCAACAGUGUUAGAACAGGUGCUCUUUUGCCACGUGACUUAUUGGGAUGUUUUAGCUUUCAUUGCAUAACUGAUUGCAUGCCCUUAAUAUAACCUGCAAAUUUUAAUUCUACUGCCAUAAUAAAGAAGCAAAUUGAA